AUGUCCGAGCCGCUCGCGUCAGUGGAGAGCCCUCUCCUUCUGGAUUGGUUUCCGAAAGGAACGACGCAGCUCGAUAUUGCCGGACUGGGUAAAGACGGCGAGAAAUUUUCCACCUCCGCCACGACAUCAGCUGCGCUAAAGGUCAGGCUGCACCGAAUAGCUACGUUUUGCGGGAUGAUCCUCGGUUUUCCGAUUUAUUGGAUCCUGGCCAGCAUUUCGCUGACCGUCUACUGCUUGUUUUUCAGCACUUACUGGACGACCAAACUCGGCAUGAUUUUUUACAUCGCGUUUAUCUAUUUCGACGGGCCGCAGCGCAUCCAGGGCACUGGGUACGACCAAAGGCUGACAAAUUUUGUGACCCUCGCUAACAAGAGAUUCGCGAUUUGGAAAAUCUGCAUGGCCUACUACCCGAUGCGCAUUUACAAAACCAGCGAGGAGGUGGAAGACGCGGAGAAGCACCCGCGUUUGAUGUUUGUCACGCACCCUCACGGAGUGUUUGGGAUCGCCACGCAGGGGAACUUGGGCACCUUUGGCUCCGGGGUAGACCGACUGUUUCCGAAAAGACCGGACUUGCCGGAAAGAAUGCGGCUGAUGGCGCUCGAGACACUGUUGUACUUACCCUUUGUGCGCGAAUAUUUCCUGCUUGGUGGGAUCUACUCACCGAGUCGCGCGAGCUUCCGCCGCAUUUUCGCCCGUGGCGAGUUCCCGGUUCUGAAUCUGGGGGGCGCAGCGGAAAGUCUGGUCUAUCAGGAGAAUAACGAACUCAAAGUGAUUUUGAAAAACCGAAAAGGCUUCGUCAAAGUCGCGCUGGAAAAUGGCGCGAGUUUGGUCCCCUGUAUCGCCUUCGAAGAAAACCAGGCGUUUCACGUGUUCCGACCGAACCCGAACUCCUUUGUGGGAAAGAUGCAGAAGACGAUGCAGAAAACCUUCAAGUUUGGCCUACCGCUGUUUUACGGAAACCUACUCCCGUUCCAUCCCCGGAGGCAUCCGCAGCCUCUGUACAUUGGUGCACCAUUGGCCCCGGAGGCUCCCAUUGAGAGCCCGACGCAGGCACAAAUUGACGAAAAGCACACACAGUAUGUACGCGCAUUGCAAAAGUUGUUCGACGAGUACAAAGCGCACGCGGGACAUCCUGACUGGGUGUUGAAGAUUACCGAUGAUCAGGGUAGAGAGUAAAACUUUUGCAGUG